GGGGCCGCUCGGGUCUGUCGGGCCGUGAGAGACGCAGCCAUGGGGCGCCAGGUCCUGCUUCCUCCCCUCCGGGUCGCCACCCUCCUCCUGCUGUUCCUUCUCCGCUGCGCCGCCGCAGCCUCCCUGGUGCUGCGCGGGCGGCUGGCGGAGCGCAACGAGAGGCCCAUCAUUGGGGUAUUGGCACAGGAAUGUCACUUCGAGAAGUUCAACAAAUUUGGAAGUUCUUAUAUUGCAGCUUCAUAUGUGAAAUUUUUGGAAUCUGCCGGUGCCCGAGUUGUGCCAAUAAGAUUAAAUCUUUCAGAUGAAGAAUAUGAUAAAAUAUUCCACUCUAUUAAUGGGGUACUUUUUCCAGGAGGUGGUGUGGAUCUUAAGACUUCAGAGUAUUCCAGGGUUGCUAAGAUAUUUUACCACAAGGCAUUAGAGGCUAACGACAAAGGAGAUUAUUUCCCAGUGUGGGGAACCUGUCUUGGACAUGAAGAGCUUACGUAUCUCACAAGUAAUGAAGUUUUACUUGUUAACACCAAGACAAAUGGUUUUGCACUCCCUCUGAACUUUACUUCAGCUGCAAAAGACAGUAGAUUAUUCAAGAACUUCCCUGAUGAUGUGUUACAUGCAUUUGCUACUGAACCAUUGACAUCAAACUUUCAUGUGUGGAGCCUCUCCAUGGAGAAUUUCACAAAGAACGAGAAGCUUCGUAACUUCUAUAAUGUUCUGACCACUAACACUGAUGGUGAAGUGGAGUUUGUAUCUACCAUGGAAGCAUACAAAUAUCCAGUUUAUGGUGUACAGUGGCAUCCAGAGAAAAAUCCUUUUGAGUGGAAGACUUCACCAGGCAUUCCACAUUCCCCAUCAGCUGUAAGAGCAUCAUAUUAUAUAGCUGACUUCUUCAUUAAUGAAGCCCGGAAGAGCUUGCACCGUUUCCCCAAUGAAGAUGAGGAAACAAAAGAAUUGAUUUAUAAUUAUGCUCCAAUAUAUACAGGAACAUUUUCUUCAUUCCAGCAAAUCUAUUUUUUUGAUUGAGUGUUGUGUCAAAUGUGCAGUGUUGCUAUUUAUAAGUGGAAUUAUUUGCCAGCAUUGCAUAAUUAAACUGAUAGAGUACCCUGCAUGUGACAGAAAGACAGAACAAUUCUCUUCCUUUAAAAUUAUUAAUCUUGUGUUUCUUCUUCACUGUUGGACCAUUAAUAUAACAAUUUACUUUCAAUAAUUGUCCUGGAUCACACUUUAAGGCAAGCUACAGAAAAGCACAAUUUUCUUCCAGGGAAGAAAUCUUGAUUAUGCUUAUAAACUUGGAAGUAAUCAGGUUAUUAUUGCAAGGAAAAACACCAUAUUCAUGUAUUUUUAAAUAUAGAAGUUAAGUUUUAAAAAAUGUUGUGGUGUAUGAUAGCACUAGAGGCUUAGAUACAUUGCCUAGUUAAAUUCUUUCCCUUUCAAAUUAUUUAACAAAUGAGACUCCUGAUCUUGGAUCUGUCAUAAACACGGAUGUAACCAAGUUCUUGACAGUGGCCAAAUAGUAAGGAGAUAGGACAGAAAAGAGACAUUUUUCCUUAAAAAGCAUGUUAUAUCCCAUUUGUGAAGCUCUUUCUCUUGUACAUUCAGCAUUGUUUAAAAUGCUUAUACCUUGUGACUUCUACAUAAAUAUGAGGAUGUGUGAACUAGGUGUCACAAACAUCAGGUAAAAUAAGUAAGUUUGGAGGGCAUAGUUAAGUGCUCAUUCCACUUUCUCUUAUUUUCAAAUUCAGUUUUAUAAAUCCUUGAGGAAUGUGUCUGAGAGUAACUGGGCUCAGCAGACAGGUAGGAAAUGCAGACGUCCAUUUCUUUGUAUUUAAAAGAAUGUAAACCUAUUUUUGUCUUUGCAUAGUCUGACUUUUCCUGUAGCUACUGGAUAGAAUUCUCACUUUGAGUCAAGAAAUAGUUUGCCAUUGACAGUAAAGGCAGCAGUUUGUUUCUGUCUUGUUGGAUAGUUCAAUGCAGCUAGAAUUCAAACAGCAAAUGAAUGUAUAUGAGAAACCUAUUAAUGUUGGCAUAAUGUGAUUAUAGCAGUUGCAUUCAAUACACUAUUAUACCUUUUAAAAAAAUUUGCUCUGCUUUCACUUAGUGAAAAUUUUGUUCAGUGAUUUUAUGUGAUGUCCAAAAAGAAACUAAGAUGUGACAAUCAAAUAUAGCUCUCCUCUGUUGCACAGCUUCCAAACUCUGUUAACAUCAGUGGGGAUUUGGAGUUUAUGAAGAGUUCAGCUUUGUACCUCAGCUCUGUUUUGUAGUACCUUACAUGUUCAAGUACCAUAUCUGAAGGAAGCUGGUACAGUUCUCAGGUUUUGCAAGUAAAGGACUCUGACUUGUUUAUCAUGAAACAACUGUGUAAAAGAAUUUUAAAUGCAUUAGCAAUCUGUGACUACCAGGAAGACACUACCAGGUAAUUAUAAGCAUAAACGUGAUAUUGCAGGUUAUUUCUACAUUAGUGAGAUCGGCCAAAUUCCAUAAAUGGAACCUUUUUUUAAUAUAGAUUAUUUUGUUACAUUAACUAUAUUAGAAUAGAACCUGAAUAGAGCCAAGACUAAAAAGAAGAUUGCACUGUACAGUUGCAUAUAAAAGUAGCAGCUAAGAUAUUGACAAACCAAGUCCAGUGUUCUUAUUCAGUCUGAGUUCUUUGGAAUAGCUCUAACAAUUUGCCUAAGUAAGAAAAGCAGGUUUUAGCCUUAAAACCAGGGAUCGAUCUUGCAAGUGAAGUGUCUGUUAAGUACAAUGGUAGUAAAUAGUUCCUAAGUGUGUGACUAUGAGAAAUAUUGUGUGCAAUAUGAUGAGAGAGCAGUGUAUUUAUUAGAAAUUUGUAUGUCUUUCCUUUAUAUCCUUUAUCUUGUGAAGCCUUAUUUAAUGGUAUCCAUGUUUUUCUAUGAUACAUGAAAUAAACUUUUAUUCAAGCAGAA